GCCGAGGCGAGACCUCGUAGCGCCUCGCGCGCGGGGAGUCAAAUGGGCCGGCGACUGUUGGAGUGUACAGGCCUUGCCCGGGCGCGGUGCAGAACUUUUCACGAGACUUUGGAUUUUAUAAGAUGAGCCUCGAGCGCGUUUGUUCGGCUUUCGGGGACAGGACAGGUCAUAUUUAAUUAAAGGCACGAAGACAUUUUAAAUGCCUUGUUUGAGAUUAGCUACGAGUGUUUUUGCUGCAGCGACGAGAGAAUUCAACAGUGAAGAAAAAUUUAAAAAUAGCAGAGUGCAUCAGAGCAGGUAACUGAUGAUUGGAGGCCCUGGAAAAAUCUCUCGAGUUCUUUGGAGGCAGUUUUGGACAUUAAACAUUUGUACAUUCAGUUUACAUUUUUAAUUGAACAUUUGGCCCUCAGAAGGACUCUGAACCAGUCACACCUACGGACAGAAGUGUUGCCGGGCUGCGAGUGUAGCAGGUGUUGAGCGCACGGGAAGGCGCGACGAGCAGUGGCCGCGAUGAGCACCGCUGACGAGGCCGGGACCGGGGGCAGGGAACCGGAGGCCCUGUCGCACGAGGAACUGCUGGAGGUGACGGGCGCGACGCUGGCCGACCUGCUGGGCUGCGACCCGCUGAUGAGCGACCUGCCCCGCGGGGUGACCCCGGAGGAGGUGGGGGCCCAGGUCGCCCUGGAGCAGGGGCAGUCCAUGACGGUGAGGGUGGUGCGGGCGGACGGGGAGGAGCUGGCGGUCGUGGUGCCCCAGCGGGGAGCCACCGUCGGGGACCUGAAGAGCGCCAUCCGCCGCCACGUGACCCUGACGAUGGCCCGGGACCGUCGGCCGGUCACGGUCAGCUGGCGCUACGUGUGGCGCACGUACUGGCUCUACCACGACGUGCAGAAGCUCAAGGACGACGGGGCCUUGUUGGCCGAAUUUGGCAUCAGGAACAAAUCGAAAGUCAAGUUUGUCAAGCGUUUGCAUGAGAAAGGCACGCCUUAGAAGCUUUUGGAAGCAAAGUAAAAUUCAAGAAUAUUCCUAGUAACUAUAUGUAAAUAGACUAGGAGUAGUGAUCUCGUGUUAUGUUAUCAUUAGAGGUUUUAUUUUAACUUCAUGAAUAUUUAAUUGUUGUCUGAAGGACUAUAUUAAUAUUUUUG